AUGGACAGGCAUGUUGCAGUAUUGGGGUUCCCCACCCAUGCAGCUAACCUCUUUAAACUCCUGCGCCGAUUAGCAUGUGCCGCACCCACCACCAUCUUCUCCUUAUUCAACACUGCCAGGGCCCACAGCACCAUCUUCUCUGCUCAACAUCCCCACGGUAUUCCCAAACUAAGAGUCUAUGACGUGGCAGACGGCGUGCCAGAGGACCGCGUGCUUUCAGCAACCCACCAGGAACGCAUCGUGCUGUUCUUGAAGGCGACACCCGGGAACUUUCGCGAUGCUAUAGAAGUGGCGGAGGCGGAGAUCGGAAAGAAGAUAAGUUGCCUGGUGAGUGAUGCCUUUUUGUGGUUCACCGCUGCUAUGGCUGAGGAAAUGGGGGUUCCUUGGGUGGUUAUUAGGACUGCUGCGCUUUACUCACUCUCCGUCCACAUUUAUACUGAUGCUAUCCGGAAAGCGGUCAGAGUUGCAGCCAACAUGGAGGCAAGGCUAGUCAAGGUGGAGCUAGCCAUGGGAGACACCCGGGAAGAGGUGGACUUGAUUGAGCAAGGCAUGGAGAAGGGCUUAGACGAUCUAAGGGAGUAG